AUGCCCCCGGCGCUUCGCUUGUGCGCCCGGAAGACGAUCAAACUUGAUGAUUUAGAGGAAGUAAAAGUCCUAACAAGGCCUCCGCAGGUGAACCUGUGGAAGGAUCAUUACCGAGCAGAGAGAACGUGCCCGGCCGGCCCGCUUCCUUCCGCCGAGGCGGAGAGGCCGGCCACCGUGCUGUUUUCCGGGUGUAGGUGGGAGUGGCACACGCCAGGGUGCGCCGCAGCCCCUGCCGAGUGGGCGCAGGACUCCCAGCGCUCGCCGGGGUCCCGGGACGACGGGGCUCGGCCUCGAAUGGACCGGGGGGAUCGGCCACUGCAGGCGACCAACGCUUCCAGUACCCACCUCGCCGGGGGGCAGGGCCUGAGGGCACCUCCGCGCCCUGCCGCGUGCACUUCUCCCGAGCGCGGCGCCUGCGACCGGCUGGGCAUCCGGGCCGGCAGAGGCCGGCUGGUUGGGGUUCCUCCGGCCACCCCGGUCCCCCGACGGGGGGGCCGGUCGGAGAGCAUAGAGAACGGCCGUGGUCGCGCCGGCCGCCCGGCCGAGGAAGGGACGACGGGCCUCGCCCGCCCGUGCGCCGCCAGAGGGCUGCCCGGCCCGCCAGAGGGUCCCCAGCCGGUGUCGGCAGCGCCGAGGCGCCCCAGGUCCGCUGGCGAUUGUCGUUAG